AUGUAUGUGAAAUGCUUUGAUACAGUAAUGUUUUACUAUGUGAUUUUAGUGUAUUUAGUGAAUGUCACUUUUUGACAUUUUUAAAUUUCCCGCCAGUUCCGUUACCGUACGUCCUGACGUCGCAGGGAACAGAACCCGGAAGACCGAUGCCGGCAUCGGCCGGAGGACAUGGCCGGAGACGCUGCAGGGGGGACAUCACGGGAGCGCAGGACAAGGUAAGAGAAGAACAGAUCCUGGAGCAACGCUGCAUUGUAUUCCCGAGUGUAGCUCGGGGGUUACCGCUUGUGGUGCUGAAACUUUACCCCGAGCUACACUUGGGAAUACCACCAGGGAGGUUAAU